UCGAAACCCAGACCAGGAGAAGAAUUAGGAAGGCCCUCGCGAAUUUCUCUUCUCCGGAAUCGGACCCUCCAAACGACAAUCUUAUCUCCGCCGUAUGGGGUCGCCGGAGACCAUUAAUUCCGCUCGGAAUUUGGCCGUCAUGGUCAGAGUCCAAGGCCCUGACCCAAAGGGCCUCAAAAUGCGAAGCCACGCUUUCCACCACUAUCACUCCGGGAGAACAACUCUGUCAGCUUCAGGAAUGCUGUUGCCUCGUUCCCUUUACGAUUCCGAUACUGCCAAGGAUAUAUCCGGCGAUGGCGAUCGGUUUCCGGUGCUGGUUCUGACUGUUGCGUCGAUUGUUGAGCCGUUUCUCUCUUUGAAACACAGAGAAAAUAUAUCCCAG